AUGUCGUCAGGAGGAAUAUUCAAAUCCCCCCUCAAGAGCGAAUCCCCCAUGGCAACACCACUCACGGAUCUCAAGCAAGAGAAACCUGCAAAUCCACACAAAAUCUUCACCAGGAAAUGUAACAUUAUUCUUGGUCUGAUCUUCCUCUUCCUUCUCGCUAUUGCAUUGGCACUAGGUCUCACAUUCGGUCUACGCAAUCGCCAUCCCUCCCCUCCAGCUUCUAGUCCUACCCCACCAUCAUUUCCGCCCCCUCCUACCAACGUCUCCUUUUGGGCCCCAAAUCUCAACGCUUCCAACAGCUGGAACAUCGAGCUACUAACGCCACUGGACCCCGUAAACAUAUAUUCGAAUACCACCAUCUAUGACAUCGAUCUCUUCCUUGCAACCAAUACCACCCCCUCCGUAAUCCGUACCUUGCAGUCGCAAUCCCACAAAGUAAUAUGCUAUUUCUCAGCCGGCACCAUCGAAACCUUCCGUCCCGACACCGAUCGCUUCCUCCCUUCCGAUUACGGCAAAGUGCUUCCUGACUGGCCCAACGAACACUGGGCCAACACAUCCUCCCCAAACGUGCGAUCCAUCAUGCUCACACGUCUCGACCUGGCGGUCAAUCAAUCCUGCGACGCAGUGGAUCCUGACAAUGUCGACGGUUAUUCCAACGACAAUGGGCUUGGAUUAACACAAGAGGAUUCUAUCGAUUACAUGCAGUGGUUGGCGGCCGAGGCCCACGGUCGAGGCCUUGGGAUUGGCCUAAAGAAUGCUGGCGAGAUCAUCGAUCGUGUGUUGGGCUAUGUACAGUUUGCUGUCAAUGAGCAGUGCGUGCAGUACCAGGAGUGUGACACAUGGCAGGCAUUCAUUGACAAUGGUAAGCCUGUGUUCAACAUCGAAUAUCCCAAAGAUGCGCCCAAGGUCAGUCAAGCGGAAAAGAACACUGUAUGCGAAGACUCAAACACACAGGCGGAGGGCUUUUUCACCAUCAUAAAAAAAAUGGAGCUGGAUGAUUGGGUGGAAAGCUGCUGA